GGAACCGAAACGAGAGUAUAGGAGUCCAUGCAAGCUUAUUUCCGUCAUCAGGAUGGGGAUAGACAAUAUAAUUGUGUAACUAAUUUGUCUUGUAUGUCACCUUACUGACUGCUUUACUGACUGUGAGGUUCCAGCAGGCAAGGACGCAGCUGGUGGAAGUGGAGGAGAGCCGAAGUAAAUUAGACUUAGAGGAGGAAUGUCGAGGAGGGGGUCUUCUGCAGCACACAAACCCAGUUGCGCCUGGUGCGAAGACAACCGCAAAGAUUUACGCUACACAAUCACUGUGGGCCACGCUCGGAAAGAAUUUUGUUCCGAGCAUUGUCUCAACGAAUUCAAGAGGGUCUACCUCAAGGUUGCAUGCGCUCUGUGUGAGAUAGUCAUCCGUGGCCCAUCCGUUCAUUUAGAAGACAAUGGAGUACUUCGUGAGUUCUGCAGCACAGAGUGCUUAGACAGAUACAGACUCUCAGCAAUGGCGUCAGACAAACCGAAGGUUAAGCCACAGCAUGGCAUUCAGUACCAGUACGAGAGUUCAGGGUACUUUGACUGGGAUGACUACCUGAAGGAAACAAAUUCGCAGCCUGCCCCAUCUAGUUGUUUCAAACAGCAUGUAGAUCCUCCCAAAAACGAGUUCCGCGUGGGAAUGAAACUAGAAGCACAAGACCCAAGGAACAUAACGUCGACGUGCAUCGCGACUGUAGUCGGCGUUCAAGGCCCAAGACUUCGUCUCCGGCUGGACGGAGGGGACAACAAGAAUGACUUCUGGCGCCUGGUGGAUUCGUCUCAAAUCCAGCCCAUCGGCGAAUGCGAGCGUGCGGGAGGGAUGCUGCAGCCUCCGCUGGGCUUUCGCAUGAAUGCUUCAUCUUGGCCAAUGUUUCUUCUGAAGACGCUCAGCAAAGCCGACAUUGCUGAGGCACAUGCCUUCAAGGAGGAAGCUCCGAGUCCAAAAACAAAUGAGUUCACAGUGGGCAUGAAGCUGGAGGCCCUGGACCGCAAAAACCCGCAUCUGAUCUGCCCGGCAACCGUGGGAGCAGUGAAAGACGACAUGAUAUUCGUCACCUUUGAUGGUUGGCGCGGUGCCUUUGACUACUGGUGUCGCUACGACUCACGGGACAUCUUUCCCGUCGGCUGGUCCAGAAAGAGCGGUCACCCUCUACAGCCUCCAGGAAACAAAGGUUCCAAAUACAAGUCACGUCCUGGCAGUAGUCCUGCUGCUGCGUCCGUGGGAACUCCCAACAUACCUCCACCUCCUAGGGUACCCUCACCACGUAACCCUGCUGGGCAGCCAGCAGCUAUUUCCCCAUCCACUCCUGCGUCCACUAGGGCGAGGGCAGCGUCUUCUGCACAAAACUCAAGCCAUGGGAGCUCCAGCAAUGGAGAGAACACAGAACAAGUGAAGAGGGUCAAGUCACCGAAUGUGCUGAUCACGGAACCCGACACCAGCACCGUUGCAAAGCAGAACAAGACAGUGUGCGUGUUUGUAAACCAUCAGUGUUCCUGUGGCCCUUACUUGAACCCACAAAAGAUUGCACAACUUCCCCAGCAGUUGGGGCCAGGCUCCAUGAACCGUGUGCUUAGGGAGGCUGUACAAGCUUGUGUAGACUGUGCUCUCGUGGAGAAGAAUGUCUACAACUUACUUCGGCGAGGAGAAGGCAAAGUAAUCAUCAAUGCAACUGUGGAUGGCCAGCUGCAAACGUGUCAUCUGCCAGCCAUGGAUAAAGUGUCCUCGUUUUGGAACUAUCUGGAGAAUCUCUUUGAGGAACUGCUCUGCUGUGAAAACUUCUACACUGCGCAACCUUUAGAAGGUGGAUGUACCAAGUGUGCAAGUAAAGGACCCACCAAGGCACGAGUUCCUGACCCAACAUCAAAAGUUGAAGCACCAAGCACACCCGUCAACACAGGCACACCAUCUGCAGCAGUCAAGCGGCGUUGGUCGGCAGACGUUCCGGUACUUGCUACAAGAGAGCAGAGCCCAGCCCAACAGCCUCCGGCUUCCCCUUCGUUGAGACCACCUUCAGCUAAGAUACCAAGCUUGCAAAGCCAUUCCACUGACACUGAAGCCAGUUCUACGACAAGCCACCCAGAAAGACCAAAGCCAAACCUUUCUUCACACCCUUCGGAAUGGGGAACUGAAGAGGUCAUUCGAUAUAUUGCCUCCGUUGAUGCAGCACUUGCGGCGCAUUCUGAACUCUUUCGGAGGCAUGAAAUUGAUGGCCGUGCGCUGCUGCUUCUGAACAGCGAUAUGAUGAUGAAAUACAUGGGUUUGAAACUGGGCCCUGCUCUCAAGAUUUGCAACAUCAUCGACAAAAUUAAAGGCAAAAAGGCCUUGUAGUCACACUCGUGACAGCCACAUAGUGGAAGACCCUGGUGAUUUCCGACUGAUCUCGUCAACAGUGUUUGUCCUUGUGACGUGUCCCCUUAAGAGAAUCCUGUGCUGUGUAGCAUUCGUUACAGGAUACCCUUUGAGUGAUGUGUGCACACGUUGUCCAGAAACUAUGUUCUGGAGCUACCUAUGUGCUGAUGCAAAACUACCCAGGUUGCUGAAAUCCUCCUAGAAUUUCAUUCCUGUGUCUUCUUAUGGAGUGCAUGGCACUGAUUAAGUUUUUAUAUUGACAAUGAGGGACGUAUUUGUUCCCCUGCAACAUGUGAUAACCUUAAAGAGGACAUGAGUUUUCCUAGUUUUAACUGUGAAUUUGUUGAGAACACUGUAUCCGCUGAGACAGUGUCUCACUUCCUUGGAAUUGUGUUACGUACUGUGCUCACACAAUUCAGGGUCACGUGGGAAAACCCUCCUCAUGGUGUGACUUUGAUUUAAGCAACAUUGAUGUGUGAAUAUAUACAGUAGUGGUCAUGUGUCCUGUUCAGUGUUCCAUGUCUCAAAGUUCAGUGUGUCAUACCAUUACACUCCUCUUGCAGGGCAGUGGUCAACCAUCUCCAGCUAUAUCGUUGUUUUUUUGAUGUGGGUAUGAGUCAUGUACACAUUGUGUUGUAAAAUUCUACUUUGAUCUCGGUAGGAUGUGGAAUGUAGAUGCUAAGCAUUGAUGUAGUAGGUUAUUAGGUAAAGUGCUCUUUUUCUGCAUAAGAGAUUGUGCAGUGACAAGACAGGCAACGAUGCACAUUAUAGUCUGCUUUGAUUACUGCAGCAUCUCUUAACAUGUACAUUUUGUGCAUACCCAUCUCACCUGGCACGAUUGUAGUUUCCAGUAAUCUCACUGUCCUGGAUCUCCCCUUCAAUUGAUCAUGCGUGUCAUUACAGCUGAUGACCUAGCAAGGCAGGACUUAGUCUCUGAGCUUAGUUUUACUUUAAUCCACCGACUUGCAUUACGUUGAAUGCAUUUCAGAUGUACAUAGAUUUUGUUUACUUUCCUCAUGUACAUAGGUCUUGCAGGGCAGUUGACACACCUAUCUUUGUAGAUUUUGCAGCAGGUUUUAUUUUGUGAUAUGUAGAAGGAUGUAUUGUGUAUGCAUUGUCAUACACUUUAGGGUUAAACUUGUGUGCCUGUGUAACAGAGAGUAUUGGGAAAAUACAUUAAAUACAUAUUUGUAACUUAAGUACAAAAAAAAAAAUGAAAACACUAAAUCUUGCAAUGCAACUGCAUGAGCAACAAGAUAUCAGUUAUCAAGAGCAUCAGCAUGGUUUUGUGCAAUUGCGAAACGGGACGUUUGGUUCCUAUUCUUAAUUACUGUGGUGAGGUGGUAACAAGGCUUGGGCAUUAUAUUUUGUGAUGUAAAGUGCUUGAUGAAGAAUGACGCCCUCGGCGUAAGUGUUGGUCGUAUCAUCAGUUUUCAGGCAGUGGUUUGUAGUUCGUGGGCGUCCCUAUUUAUUUUUAGUCUUUUAUCGAAUACCCUAGACUCUCUUGCAUGUAUUAGAAAGUGUUCCAUGUAGCCGUGAGUACCGUACUGUCCCAUUUAUGCAGAAAACACCAGAGUACAGUAGCAAAAUUUGCAUUGUCCAACUCUGUGGGGGUGUUCACUGGCACUCAUGUCGCGUUAUCUGACACGCAUAAGGUACAACGUAUGAUAAAAUAUAUUUUUUUAUGCUGUCACGCAAAACAGUCACGUCGUAGAUCAUUUGGGUUUAGGACUCGCAAUAGCUUCAGCUCUGGUGUGUCCUCGAGGAAGCAACCAAGGAGCUUAGAAAUUAUGAAAUCAUGAAAUAAACUUCGAUUGACACAUGA